CUGCUGGCUAGUUUAGGCUAGCGGGUUUUGGCUUCCCUCAGGAACAAGAAACGGCCUUGCAGUGGCCUUACAUCUCUUGCCAGCCUCCUGUACUCCUGGGGUCAGGAAUUGUGUAUUUUACUUCCGGAUCUCAGGACAACCACGCCGGAAGCCGGAAGUAGGGGUUUCCAUAGCGGGGAAGGGAAGGGCGGCCUCCGGACUGGGGACUUUCUCCGAGUGUCCCGGCCCAGGAAACUCUCGCAGCCCGCUGCUCCAGCCUUUCUCACGUCUGACCUACACUGGUGACAGGUGUGGUCCACUUCUUCCAAGACAGGGUUCCAUCGGCGGGCGUUCUGCUGCCUCUGAAACGUCUUCUGAUGUCCAGGCUUCUCCUGUUGGGCCCUACCGGUUCCGGCUUCGCGCUUCUAGAACACCAGGACCCAGACACUGACUUGUUGGAUGAGCAGGCAUCUCUGGAAGAAUCAGCUGUGUGAGAUGGUGCAGCCCAGUGGUGGCCCAGCAGGGGACCAGGACGUGCUGGGUGAAGAGUCUUCUCUGGGAAAGCCGGCCAUGCUACAUCUACAUUCAGAGCAGGGCAUCCCUGAGACCCUCCAGCGCUGUCUAGAGGAGAAUCAAGAGCUCCGAGAUGCAAUCCGGCAGAGCAACCAGAUGCUGCGGGAGCGCUGUGAGGAGCUGUUACAUUUCCAAGUCAGCCAGAGGGAAGAGAAGGAGUUCCUCAUGCACAAAUUUCAGGAGGCUAGGAAGUUGGUGGAGAGACUGAGCCUGGAGAAGCUGGACCUGAGAAAGCAGAGGGAGGAGGCCCUGAAGGAGGUGGAGGACCUGAAGUUGUGUCAGCAGCAGAUGGCUGAGGACAAGGCCUCUGUGAAAGCCCAGGUGACAUCCUUGCUGGGGGAGCUCCAAGAGAGCCAGAGUCGCUUAGAGGCUGCCAUCAAGGAACGGCAGGAUUUGGAGGGCAGGGUGCGGGCCGCCAGUGAGCAGGCCAGGCAGCUGGAGAGUGAGCGGGAGGCACUGCAGCAGCAACACAGUGUACAGGUGGACCAGCUGCGCAUGCAGAGCCAGAGUGUGGAGGCCGCCCUGCGCAUGGAGCGCCAGGCUGCCUCGGAGGAGAAGAGGAAGCUGGCCCAAUUGCAGGUAGCCUAUCAUCAGCUCUUCCAAGACUAUGACAACCACAUCAAGAGUAGCAUGGUGAGCAGCGAGCGCAAGCGAGGAAUGCAGCUGGAGGAUCUCAGGCAGCAGCUCCAGCAGGCUGAGGAGGCCCUGGUGGCCAAGCAGGAAGUGAUUGACAAACUAAAGGAAGAGGCUGAGCAGCAUAAGAUUGUGAUGGAGACGGUACCAGUCCUGAAGGCCCAGGCGGAUAUCUACAAGGCAGACUUCCAGGCUGAGAGGGAGGCCCGGGAGAAGCUGGCUGAGAAGAAAGAGCAUCUGCAGGAGCAGCUGGAGCAGCUGCAGCGGGAGUACAGCAAGCUAAAAGCCAGCUGCCAGGAAUCAGCCAGGAUCGAGGAUAUGAGGAAGCGGCAUGUAGAGGCCUCCCAGCCCCCUUUACCCCCUACCCCAGCUCACCACUCCUUUCAUCCGGCUGUACCCAACCAGAGGAGAAGCCCCCCUGAGGAGCCACCUGACUUUUGUUGUCCUAAGUGCCAGUACCAGGCUCCUGAUAUGGACACCCUACAGAUACAUGUCAUGGAGUGCAUCGAGUAGGGCCAGCAGAUGCAAGGCUGCCUGAAGACGCCACACCCAGGACAAUUCGAUUUGUGCUUUCCUCUCCCACCUGCCUAAUUCAGAAUUAAGGGUUUGGUGGAUAAUGAGCAGGUCCUAGGAGCUUGCUGCAGAGCUCUUGCUUAAGCCCCUUGGUCUGCAGGUCCCCCCUUUGAGGGAAGAUGAAGCCUGAGUCAGACCUGAUUCUCUGCUCUUUUCCUUCUGUCCUAUCUGCCUGAACUGCCUGUGUCUGGUGGCUAAUCCAUCCUUCCUUUCCCAUCCCUGCAGAGAGGUUGGGCCAGGGACUCUCAGGGAGGACCACUUUUCCUUCCAUUGGCUACUGACUUGCUGGCUCUGAGCUUCAGCCUCUCCUCCUGGGCCGUGUGAUACUCCACUUUGCAGCUGUAUCAGGGUUGGUUGAACCAGUUGCUGCUGAUGGCAUUUGGGUUGUUUGUAGUCCUUUUGCUCUCAUAAAUAAUGGUGCAACGAAAAUGCUUAUGCACUAAUCAUGUGUGUCUUUGCUAAGCAAGAGGUGGGUAGACCUUUGUAUUUUUGCCACCUGCUGGGCAUGCCACUCUUCACUAAGAGUGAGCUUAAGCAUAUUUUCCAAGGGGUAUGUACCCUUUUUAAUUCUUUUGUGAAUGGGCUGUACAUAUCUUUUAUCCAUUUUCCUAUUAGAUUGUUAUUUUUUGUUCCUCAUUUUUUUAGGGGCUCUUUUGUCAUUGGCAAGAUUAGCUCUUGUCUAUAACAGAAAGUGCAUGUUUCUUUUUCCCUUUGAUUUUGUCAGUGUAGUGUUCUGGCCUUGAGUAUUUUUUAUUUUACAUAGUCACAUUAUCCUUUUCCCCAUUACAUUAUUUUGGGUUUGGAGUUGUGAGCACUUUGUGGUCUAAUGGAUGCUUCACACGCAUAUACUUUACUUUUUCUAACACCAAAGUGUGCCCUUGUCUUUGCCAAGCACUUAUUGUCCAGUGUGAGUGGUUGUUGUGGUUCGUCACAUUCUAGAAGUGUCUGAUGCUGUAUCAGCCCCAGAUUCCUUGGCUUUACAGAUGGAAGCCAGUUGACAAUGAUUGGCAGAUGAGGAAGAAUAGGGAACUCUUCACUUGUUUUGUAAAGUUCUGGAUAUUUCUUAGCAUAUUGAAGCCAUGGGAACUAACUCUGCAAUUCUAGUAAGGGAAAGGAAGUUGGAAAUUGAGAAACACUCCAGUAUCUAUGCAUCGUUCACUUCUCAGUCCUGGGCCCUCCUUCCCUCAGCCCUCCAAGCUCCCUUGUUAGGAAUGAGAUGUAGAUCUAUCCCUGGGCUUUUUCACAGGGCUUUCUGCUGUUUGAUAGUAAGAAGAAUGACUAGAAUUAGGAUAUUAGGACUUUUAAAAAUAAGCCUCAGCUGGGAGCUUUCUCAGCAUCUAUAGGAAGUGGGGAAAAACUUUUCUAUUUCCUAAUGCCCACAUAUCUAUCACACAGUACUUUGGGGAAGUGUUAAAUGCCCAGGCAGGUUCUCUGCUCAUGGUACUGCACUUAAAUCCUAUUCCUGUAACUUUUCUGUAAGAGCACUAUUUUGUUUUGGAGUGGUGCAUGAGUUUCUGGUGGUUGCUCUAACAGAUCACCACAAACUUGGUGCCAUUAAACAACAAAACUUAUUUUUUCAUUUCUUGGAAGCCAGAUACCUGAAGUCAAGUUGUUUUUUUGGAGCUCUGAGAAUAAGUUCUGGGCCUGUUUCCUAGCUUCUGGUGGUUGCUGACAGUUCUUGGCUUGUACACCCAUUAUUCUUAUCUUUGCUUCUUUGUCACAUGGCCUCUUCUAUGUUUUCUGUUUCUUUUAAGGAUACCAGAUAUUGGAUGUGGGGUCUAUCGGGGUAAUUCAGUAUGAUCUCCUCAUUUUGAUACCCCUACCUUCACUACAUCUAUAAAGACCCCUUUCCCCAAAAAGGCCACAUUCACAAGUUAUUGGAGUUUGGACUUACACUUAUCUUUUUGGAGCCACCAUUCAACCCAGUAUGAGUUUAUCUGAUUCAGAUGUUAAAGAUCAGGGCAAAUGCAACCCAAAGGCAGGUAACUCUAAGACCUGCAGAUCUGCUGGCAGGACUUGGUCCCCAGGGUGGUGGUAGCCACCAAGCUGCAGAAUUUGGUGUGGAUUAACUCGGGGGACAUCUUGUCUCCAGGUGGACACCACUGCCAGGGCCAGCAGGUAUGGCUGGGAGAGGCAGAUAAGGUAGGUUGCAGUAGGACCUUUUGCACCCUGUGUAGUGGCCACUAGCUGUGUAAGGACAGGUUUCAUGCUUUUCAGGAGGGUGAACAGAGGCGUGUAGGAGCUCCUUCCUGAUGAGCACCCUCUUCUGAAAGGGGCAUAGAAAGAAGGUGAGACCCAAGGACACUGAGGAACUUUACCAGGUGGAUUAUACAGCAGAGUUAUCUGCAAGCCUGAAAAACACUCUGGCCUGGGCCCCCUGGACUGGUUGAGUCAGAAUCAGGAUGAGACCUGACUGGUUAGGACUCAAUAUGUUUUCCAGAGGCUGAGUGCCCUUGUUAUGUGCUUCCCCCUUAGUGCUGUGAAGGUUUUGCCACAUAUUAGACCAAAGGUUUUGAAUCCUACCAUUUGCCCAGACAUAGGGCAUUCUACUUUCUUCUUUUCUGGCCUUACUCAGGUUGGGCUUGUGGAACAACUGAUUGUUCCUCCCAUGAGGGAACCAGCCUGCCUUAUUAGUUGAGGCCCAUAAAUCCAUACAGCUGGAAAUAUGUUCUACCCAGAACCCAUGACAUUACCUUGUUGCUCAGGCAUGUGUCCACUCCUCUCUUGGCUAAAGUCCAAGGGAAAUCCAGACAGCCAAUAAGCAGAGUACAAGAGUAUUCCCAUGCACUAGUAACCAAAACAACACGAACACAAACAAUAAGCAAAAAUGGUGUCAAACUAGAAACAGAUGCAGUACUAUGUGUAGGGCCCUGCUGAACAGGUGUGACAUAGGCUUUACGAUGGCAUGCCUUAUGAGGGGGCUGUUUGGUGAGUUGAAGCAAACAUGUGAGAAGCAUCCUCAGCUUUCUUCAUCCUAAGACAGCAACUUGCACAUUAUCAUCUGGCUACCAAUGGCUGGUACAUCCAGCAUUUUGAACAUCUUGCAUAUGGGUUGUGUUCUUUAGUAUGUUGGUGUGGAAAGGUCAGGGGAUGAAGUUAUGUAUAAUGUGUGAAAUGAAGCAGAAACUCCCAAGUGUACAUCCUGCUGUCAUUUGGAUGGAUACAGUAUUAGAAUUACUAGUAAUGAAAAGGUUCCUCCCCAUCA